AUGACAGGCAGAUACACUGAGGAGAUUGCGAGGAAGAAGCAGGUUGCGGAAGCUCAGCUCAAAUAUGGCAGAGGCAAAGCGGUGCAAACUCGCAAUAUCCGAGACAAGAAACUGCGGUCGAACCUCCGAGCGCUCGAGAAGAAGUACCGCGACGCUGCGGUCCGAGCGAAAGAUGCCGAAAUUCUCUUGGAGAACAACUCGGGGGUCCUGGAACCCGAAACCGAAUUGGAGAGGACGUACAAAGUCCGCCAGGAUGACAUUCGAGAGAGUGUUGCAGAAGAAACGGCACGAAAGGGAUUUGAACUCCGGUUAGAAGAACUUGGCCCGUACAAGGCCGAGUACACAAGAAAUGGCAGGCAUCUAUUACUUGCUGGGCGCAAAGGGCAUAUUGCGACCAUGGACUGGAGAGACGGAAAGCUAGGCUGUGAACUGCAUCUCAAUGAGACAGUGAGGGAUGCUAAAUGGCUGCAUAACAAUCAGUUCUUUGCAGUGGCGCAAAAGAAAUACGUCCACAUCUACGAUUCGGCUGGUGUGGAGCUGCAUAAACUGCAGAAACAUAUCGAAGUGACGAAUAUGGAGUUUCUACCCUACCAUUUCUUGCUAGCGACAAUAGGAAAUGCAGGAUACCUCAAAUAUCAGGACACAUCAACCGGCCAACUUGUCGCCGAGCACGCCACGAAGCAAGGCUCACCUACCGCCUUUGCGCAAAACCCUCACAAUGCGGUCAUACAUGUCGGACACCAGAACGGGCAGGUCAGUCUCUGGUCCCCGAACUCCAGCACACCUCUCGUGAAGCUUUUGGCGCAUCGUGGUCCUGUACGGGAUAUGGCUAUUGAUCGGGAAGGGCGAUACAUGGUGUCGACAGGGCAGGACAUGCGCAUGGCGGUCUGGGACAUCCGGACGAUGAAAGAAGUGAACAACUACUUCCUGCGGCAGCCUGGUUCAAGCGUUGCGAUUAGUGACAGAGGGUCGACGGCAGUUGGGUGGGGCACACAGACGACGGUGUGGAAUGGGCUGUUCAACAAACAUGUCAAGGACCAGGUUAAGGUGCAGAGUCCUUACAUGCACUGGGGAGGCGAUGGUUACCACAUCGAACGUGUGCAGUGGUGUCCAUUUGAGGAUAUACUAGGCGUGAGCCACAACAAGGGGUUCGCUAGUAUCCUCGUCCCCGGCGCCGGUGAGCCGAACUUCGACGCGUUGGAGGCGAACCCGUACGAAACCACGAAGCAGCGGCAAGAAGGCGAGGUGAAGUCCUUGCUCAACAAGCUCCAGCCCGGCAUGAUCUCUCUGGACCCGAAUUUCAUCGGGAACUUGGAUCUGGCGUCGCACGAGACGAGGAAGCAGGAAGCCGACCUCGAUCGGAGAGAGGGAGACGCGGUGGAAAAGAUGAAGAAUAGAGGGAGAGGGAGGAACAGCGCCUUGAGGAAAUUCUUAAGGAAGAGCGGGAACAAGAACGUCAUCGAUGAGAAGAGGGUGAGGGUUGAGGCGGCGUUCAAGGCACAGAGCAAAAAGGAAAUGGAGAGGGUGAAGAGACAGCAAGAGGAAUAUGGGCCGGCUCUCGCCAGGUUUGCACGAAAGGAAGGUUGAGAACCUGUCGAGAUUGCGGUUCUUCAUUUUUAAAAGGCUUGGUUCUCGUCCAAGUCGUCAUGGGGAUGUCCGAAUCAGCGGCAAGUAAAACAUGGUUUUCAAACG